UUCGUUUUGUUCUGAUGAAAUGAAAGAUUAAACGUGUUAUUAGCAGAGGAGAGCUGACGAGCGGGUCAGACAGAGACAGACGGUCUACCUGGUCAUGGAUCUCCUGCUGAUGCUGUUGCUGUUGCUGUGGAGCUCAGGACUCCAGGCUGAAGAUAAACACCAAUCAACAGAGACUGUCAGGUUGGUGGGAGGAGCCAGUCGCUGUGCAGGUACACUGGAGGUGAAACAGGGAGAGUGGAGACCAGUGAUGAGUUACUCUGACUGGACCCUGGAGGAAGCAGCUGUUGCCUGCAGAGAAUUGGACUGUGGCUUUGCUGUUUCAACAGGAAGCAGAGAUGAGUCCUCAGUCAGACCUGUAUGGAGGAUCCACCCUAACUGUCUUCAGUCUGGAUCUGCACUGAGGGACUGUGCAUCAUCAGAUUCCUCUUUCUCCAACGUGGAGCUCACCUGCUCAGACUCUGUCAGGCUGGUGAAUGGGACUAGUCUGUGUUCAGGCAGACUGGAGGUGAAGUCUGAGCAGUCGUGGUCCUCAGUGUGUGAAGCUGACUUUGACCAGCAGGAUGCAGAGGUGGUCUGUAGGGAGCUUGGCUGUGGGGCUCCUUCAGUCCUCCAGGGGGCGCUCUAUGGAGAAGUGGAGGCUCCAAUGUGGACCAAAGAGUUCCAGUGUGGAGGCAAUGAGUCUGCUCUCCUGGACUGUAGAAGAUCAGACUCAGCUAGAAGAACCUGCUCACCUGGUAAAGCUGUUGGACUCACCUGCUCAGAGCCUGUCAGGUUGGUGGGAGGAGCCAGUCGCUGUGCAGGUACACUGGAGGUGAAACGGGGAGAGUGGAGACCAGUGAAAGACUAUUACUGGACCCUGAAGGAAGCAGCUGUUGCCUGCAGAGAAUUGGACUGUGGCUCUGCUGUUUCAACAGGACGCAGAGAUGAGUCCUCAAACAGACCUGUAUGGUGGAUCUACCCUGACUGUCUUCAGUCUGGAUCUGCACUGAGGGACUGUGUAAAAUCACGUUCUUCUUCCUUCAUCCUGGAGAUCACCUGCUCAGACUCUGUCAGGCUGGUGAAUGGGACUAGUCUGUGUUCAGGCAGACUGGAGGUGAAGUCUGAGCAGUCGUGGUCCUCAGUGUGUGAAGCUGACUUUGACCAGCAGGAUGCAGAGGUGGUCUGUAGGGAUCUUGGCUGUGAGGCUCCUUUAGUCCUCCAGGGGGCGCUCUAUGGAGAAGUGGAGGCUCCAAUGUGGACCAAAGAGUUCCAGUGUGGAGGCCAUGAGUCUGCUCUCCUGGACUGUAGAAGAUCAGACUCAGCUAGAAGAACCUGCUCACCUGGUAAAGCUGUUGGACUCACCUGCUCAUCAGAAACUGUCAGGUUGGUGGGAGGAGCCAGUCGCUGUGCAGGUACACUGGAGGUGAAAAAGAGAGAGUGGAGACCAGUGAGUGACUAUUACUGGACCCUGAAGGAAGCAGCUGUUGCCUGCAGAGAAUUGGACUGUGGCUCUGCUGUUUCAACAGGACGCAGAUAUGAGUACUCAGACAGACCUGUAUGGUGGAUCAACCCUAACUGUCUUCAGUCUGGAUCUGCACUGAGGGACUGUGCAUUAUCACAUUCCUCUUCCUUCAUCGUGGAGAUCACCUGCUCAGACUCUGUCAGGCUGGUGAAUGGGACUAGUCAGUGUUCAGGCAGACUGGAGGUGAAGUCCGAGCAGUCGUGGUCCUCAGUGUGUGAAGCUGACUUUGACCAGCAGGAUGCAGAGGUGGUCUGUAGGGAGCUUGGCUGUGGGGCUCCUUCAGUCCUCCAGGGGGCGCUCUAUGGAGAAGUGGAGGCUCCAAUGUGGACCAAAGAGUUCCAGUGUGGAGGCCAUGAGUCUGCUCUCCUGGACUGUAGAAGAUCAGACUCAGCUAGAAGAACCUGCUCACCUGGUAAAGCUGUUGGACUCACCUGCUCAGAGCCUUUCAGGUUGGUGGGAGGAGCCAGUCGCUGUGCAGGUACACUGGAGAUGAAACGGGGAGAGUGGAGACCAGUGAGUGACUCUUACUGGACCCUGGAGGAAGCAGCUGUUGCCUGCAGAGAAUUGGACUGUGGCUCUGCUGUUUCAACAGGAAGCAGAAAUGAGUCCUCAGAGAGACCUGUAUGGAAGAUCGACCCUUACUGUCUUCAUUCUGGAUCUGCACUGAGGGACUGUGCAUCAUCACGUUUCGCUUCCUCCAUCAUGGAGAUCACCUGCUCAGACUCUGUCAGGCUGGUGAAUGGGACUAGUCUGUGUUCAGGCAGACUGGAGGUGAAGUCUGAGCAGUCGUGGUCCUCAGUGUGUGAAGCUGACUUUGACCAGCAGGAUGCAGAGGUUGUCUGUAGGGAGCUUGGCUGUGGGGCUCCUUCAGUCCUCCAGGGGGCGCUCUAUGGAGAAGUGGAGGCUCCAAUGUGGACCAAAGAGUUCCAGUGUGGAGGCCAUGAGUCUGAUCUCCUGGACUGUAGAAGAUCAGACUCAGCUAGAAGAACCUGCUCACCUGGUAAAGCUGUUGGACUCACCUGCUCAGAGACUGUCAGGUUGGUGGGAGGAGCCAGUCGCUGUGCAGGUACACUGGAGAUGAAACGGGGAGAGUGGAGACCAGUGAGUGACUCUGACUGGACCCUGAAGGAAGCAGCUGUUGCCUGCAGAGAAUUGGACUGUGGCUCUGCUGUUUCAACAGGAAGCAAAGAUGUGUCCUCACGUACACCUGUAUGGUGGAUCAAUCCUUACUGUCUUCAGUCUGGAUCUGCACUGACGGACUGUGCAUCAUCACGUUUCGCUUCCUCCAUCGUGGAGAUCACCUGCUCAGACCUGCUGCUUCAGCCAAUCAUCUAUGUGUCUCCUACCAUGGACGGGGUCUCCGGGGCCCAGCAGCAGGGGUUUCAGGUUCUCCAAACAUACAACUACACCCAGCCAGCUGUCAAUCACUCUGCUGACUUCCUGUUUCCUGCUGCAGACCCCGCCCACCAAGGAAACUACAGCUGUGUUUAUGGCGUCUAUGUUUUUUCUCAUAACUUCUCCUCUGAGAGCCGUCUGCUCUCUCUCACUGUCACAGAUCCAGAUGAGACAUUUCACAGAACAGUUUUCAUCAUCAGACUGGUCGUCCUGCCGGUGGCUCUGCUGCUGUCUAACACUGCCCUCUAUUUCAUCCUGAAGGCCAGCAGGGGGCAGAAGUCAGACCCACAGGAGAACAUUGAGCUGGAUAAUUAUAACCUGGGUGUUUCCAGAGCUGAAGGAGAGCCGGCUGGAGAGGAAGGAGCUCGGGGAGCAGAGUAGGACAUCCGAGGAGCCACACAAACCCUCUGAAGAAGAAAAUCAUGUUUGGUUUCAUCUCUCCUCUCAGUCUGACAGGUUUUUGCAGCCCAGCACGGCGAGGAAUGACGUCCAUAGUGUUCGAUUCCACAGCUUCUGAUUUCCAUCCAGCACCAACGCUCAGUGCCAAAACAGGAAGUAGUAAGACCUUUAUUAAAACCACUAGAAGAAGAGCAGAGAGGAGAUCUGAUCUGUAUAUAAUUAUAGUUUGACAGCAUAUUAAUCUCUCGUGUAAAGAGCUGUAACAUUUUUACUUAACCCUUUACGUACUGUUCAUAUUCUAUCAUCACAUACUGUUCAUAUUCUAUCAUCACAUACUGUUCAUAUUCU